UUCUGCAGCGGUGCCAACCAACUGGUCUUUUCUUUUUUUCGUUUAUUCUUGUGAAAAUCAUAAUCACAAUAUCGUCACUCUCUCUCUCGUCCUUUUCUAUGUUACUUGCUUCAUCAUCUCUCUCUCUCUCUCUCUCUCUCUCUCUCUCUCUCUCUCUUUCUCUCAUCUUCACGCCAACACCAGUAACGUCUUUCUUCUUCUUCUUCUUCUUCUUCUUCUUCUUCUUCUUCUCUCUCAGAGUCUCAGCCAUGGCGUCAACGUCUCUGGGACCUUCGGUUCUCGUUUCAAAAUUCUUUCCCUCUCUUCGUGAACCUCAAGAUUCUGGGAGUUACAAGUUUUUUAGCCGCCGAACUCGUGUUUCUUCUUCACGCCUGAGGUUUCGAGUUAACUGCGAGUCCACGGUUCAGGAGAAGGAGCUAAGGCGUUGUGCACCGUUCUUGGAACGCUCAUCGAUACCAGGGGAUGAUGCUGCUGCUACUGCUUUGAGAUCUAAUGAAUGGAAGGCUGUUCCUGAUAUAUGGAGAUCAUCUGCGGAUAAGUACGGUGACAGUGUUGCUGUGGUUGAUCCCUAUCAUGAUCCUCCUUCCACUUUCACUUACAGACAGUUGGAACAAGAAAUAUUGGACUUUGUUGAGGGCUUGCGAGCCAUUGGGGUGAAAGCAGAUGAGAAGAUUGCACUUUUUGCUGAUAACUCCUGUCGCUGGCUUGUUGCUGAUCAAGGGAUAAUGGCGACAGGAGCAGUCAAUGUUGUCAGAGGAUCAAGAUCAUCUGUUGAAGAGUUAUUGCAGAUAUACUGUCAUUCAGAGAGUGUAGGUCUUGUUGUGGAUAACCCUGAGUUUUUCAACCGCAUUGCUGAUACGUUUUCUUACAAGGCAUCUCUUAGAUUUGUGAUCCUUCUAUGGGGUGACAAAUCGUCUUUGGUUACAUCGGGUAGAAAGACACCAGUCUAUAGCUACAACGAAAUCAAGAACUUAGGUCAGGAGAGACGUGCAAAACUUGCAGGAUCUAGUGAUAGUGGUAAGUAUGAAUAUGAAUUCAUCGAUCCAGAUCAUACAGCAACUAUUAUGUAUACCAGCGGAACUACUGGGAAUCCAAAAGGUGUUAUGCUUACACAUAAGAAUAUUUUACACCAGAUAAGAAACUUAUCUGAAUUUGUACCUGCUAAAGCUGGGGAAAGGUUUCUAAGUAUGCUACCAUCAUGGCACGCUUAUGAACGGGCUUGUGAAUACUUCAUUUUUACAUGUGGAGUUGAGCAAAAAUAUACAUCUAUUAGGUUCUUAAAGGAUGAUCUCAAGCGGUAUCAACCACACUAUCUUAUUUCAGUUCCUUUGGUAUAUGAGACACUCUACAGCGGGAUUCAAAAGCAAAUUUCUACGAGCUCCCCUGUUCGUAAGUUUUUGGCGCUUACGUUGAUCAGAGUCAGCCUUGCAUAUACGGAGAUGAGAAGAAUCUACGAGGGUCUUUGUUUGACAAAGAACCAAAAGGCCCCAGUGUAUAUUGUUGCUGUGGUUGAUUGGUUGUGGGCGAGGCUAGUUGCGUCUAUCCUGUGGCCAUUGCAUAUGUUGGCUGAAAAGCUUGUGCAUGAAAAAAUCCGCUCGUCUAUUGGAAUAACAAAGGCUGGUGUCAGUGGAGGUGGGAGUUUACCUAUGCAUAUUGACAAGUUUUUCGAGGCCAUCGGUGUGAAUGUACAAAAUGGAUAUGGUUUGACAGAAACCUCACCGGUUGUCUCUGCGCGGAAGCUUAGCUGUAAUGUUCUUGGCUCAGUUGGGCAUCCUAUUAAAGAUACAGAAUUCAAAAUCGUAGAUCAAGAGACUGGUACUGUUCUUCCACCUGGUUCAAAAGGCAUUGUCAAAGUCAGAGGCCCACCAGUUAUGAGAGGUUACUAUAAGAAUCCAGUGGCUACCAAGCAAGUAAUAGAUGACGAUGGAUGGUUUAAUACUGGAGACAUGGGUUGGAUUGCGCCUCAUCAUUCAACAGGGCGGAGUCGUAGCUGCGGAGGUGUCCUCGUUCUUGAAGGUCGUGCCAAGGACACCAUUGUACUUUCCACAGGUGAAAAUGUGGAGCCGUUGGAGAUUGAAGAAGCAGCCAUGAGAAGCAGUCUGAUUCAACAAAUAGUGGUUAUUGGACAGGAUCAACGCCGCCUUGGAGCUAUUAUUAUCCCUAACAAAGAAGCGGUAGAAGGAGUAGCAAAAAACAAAAUUUCACCAGUAGAUCCUGAAGUCAACGAACUUAGCAAGAAGACACUAAAGAGUAUGGUCUACGAAGAACUGAGGAAAUGGACAUCAGAAUGUUCAUUCCAAGUAGGUCCAGUUCUCAUCGUUGAGGAGCCCUUCACGAUAGACAACGGUUUCAUGACGCCAACAAUGAAGAUAAGACGGGACAAGGUGGUUGAUCAAUAUAAGGAUGAGAUAGAUAGACUCUACAAGUAGACUGGACACUUUAGCAUCCUAUUUUUUCCAAGCUUUAGCAAAACUCUGGACCCGCUCUUAGCUGUUGAUAUGAAACUCCAGGAAUAGUAAAAGUGGCUAAACCACAUCAGUACCAUGUUCAUUAUAUCAUAUACUGUAUCUCUAAUUAAUAGAUCACAUAUCUAUAGGUU